GCGUGUCGUUUUGGUUUUUGUUUAAAUGACGAGCGAGAUAUCGUUUUCAUAUAGUUUGUGGUUAAGUAUUAAUUUUAAUGUCAUGACUAAAUGAUAUUGUUUUAAAAAAAAGAAUAUGUUGUUUUACGGAACCGAAUUUAUUUAUUGAUUUACCUAAGUUUAUGCUUGGCUCUUUAAUACUGUUAUGCAGUCACCUACAAUCUCAGGAGUGGUUUUUGAAAGUUCAUUUCUCUGCUGGACUUGGGUAAAAUCGAAAACAGCGAAAUGACUGAAAUAUCCCAAGAUAAUGUAAGUGAUACUUUUGAAGUAUUCUCUACAUUAAAUUUGAACACAAUGUUUCAGUUAUCGAUGAACAAAAUUGUUAAACUUAUGUAACAACAUGCUACUUUUCUUAGUACCACAAUUUAUCGGAUCCAUCAUUUUUAUGUUAUGCUAGAUCUCAACAACAGUAUAAAAUCUUCUAGAGUUUAGAUAUGAAGAUAGAAAUUUGGAUAGACCAGUGGUUCAACAGUGUUUUAAUAGUUUUAGUUUUUCUUCAUAGAAAAAAUUUAAUAAAGAAUUUAUGAGGUCAUUUGUUGGCGAUCAGAACACUACCGUAUUAUGGUGAAAAUUAUUCUAUAAUGUCCUGUCAAAUAACUAAGUUUUAAUUGUUAUUUUUUAUGAAAAAGUAAAUUUGUUCAGUAAAUUAAAUUUAUCAUUUUAACAAGUUGAAAUACAACUUUAGUUUGUAAACUUUAGUUUACAACUAGUUUGAUGAUGUACUGACUUACUAAAAUUUGAACAAAUUGAAUAAUUUAUAGCAAAAAUUAAAUAAAGCCUUUAUAGAAUAGUUCAACUGCAUUACAAAUAUUGAAGAUAAGAAAAAAAAUCUAAUAAUAAUUAAUAUCAAACAUUAUUUUAAUUGUUAGAGUACUUCCCAUUCUAUUUGAAACUUUAAUAUAUCAAAAAGAACUCUAGAUUAAUAUUUUAAAUGUAGUCCAAUAGUACAUUGACAAAAAGACUGCUAAUUGGACAAUGUGAAAACAAAUGAAAAGGAAACUGAUAAGUGGUCAAUAAUGAUGAUAGAAAUCAAUGAGUUAAGUUAUCCAUCAUACACACUGAGUAUUAAUAUUAAGUGCCAAAUGCAACAACGGACAUUGGAUGCAUACAUCGACUCAGUUAUCGCGUCAGUAUGAUAUGGUAACCGACAAGUAGCAAGUUAACGACACAUAAAAAAUUUCCAAGUUUUCUAGAAUAGAAGCAGGUGAUUUUGGUUGUCGUGACAAUAACUAACGUGUUACAAGACGUAUUAGAAAACAAAAAUUAUAAUACUUGAAUUUUGAACCUAUUCAAAUGGCAAAAAUUAUAGAAUUAUUCAGUGACAAAAGUCCACCUAUCCAAUAUAAAUAUGAUAUGAAUGAACAGCUGAUCACUUGUCGCAUUUGUUAUGAUGAACAAAAAUUUGAAGACCUAGUUUCACCAUGUAAGUGUAUCGGUUCAUAUGCUAAAGUACAUCCUUCUUGUUUGGAACAAUGGCUAUGCGUAUCAAAAUCAACAUCAUGUGACAUAUGCAAUUAUACGUUUCAAACUGUUGAACGUACUCUGACUUUCAAUGAGUGGAUUCGGAAAAAGAGAGAUUGGAAGCUUUUUUUUAAAAAAGCUUCCAUAGUUUUUACCAUAAUCGUUUUGUGGUGUAGUUUACUGAUAGUUUGUGGAAUGAAAACAUACUAUUACUUUGCCGAUGCCAGUAAUUCAUAUUGGAGUGGUACUAUAAUGUUUAUGAUCACAUUUUUCUUAACGACAAUCAUGUGGUUUUGGAUCAUUAUUUUUAUAGUACUUUGGAGACGCAUGAACGUUGUUGUUUCACUCGACAAAAAACAUUUGGAUGAAAAUUCUAUUUUAAAUUACGACGCGGAUGUUAUUGUAUGAGAAUAAUAAUCUAUUUUUAUUGUCCCUAAAUUUUAAUUCGUCACUGUGUAGCAAAUGUAAUUACAUUUAUGAUAACUGUUUUAUCUGCGUUAUUAGUUAUGUAAAAUUAGGUAACUAAUAUGUAGUAAUUAUCGUAUGCUAACACCUUGUACAGCUUAUCAUUUGCAGUACAUGAAAUGGCGAUAAAAAUUGAAUGAACGUAGAUUCAUAAAUAAUAAAGUUUGUAGAAAUAAGUUAAUAAAAGAUCUUUUUUAACUUAGAUAGCACAUUUUUUUUCUUUGUUUAACUCUCGUUUUACACAAAUAUUGAUAAUAAACUAGAUUGCUAACCGGCUGAUAUUGCCCGUGUUCGUAUUGAAGCUAAAUAGCUGUCACCUUAUUUCAGACCAAACAUUUUUUUUUUGCUCUGAUAACAAAAUAAAUUGUGUACAAGUUAAAGAAAAAAACGUUUUGGUCUCAAAAAAUAUGGCGAUUAUUUGACUUCAGUCGUUAUCACGAAUAAUUUAGUCUAUUAUCUAUGUAAAUAUUUUUGAAUCUAUUAAACCUCAAUGGUUCAAACCUUAUUAAAAAAUAAUUUUUUCUCUUUAAUUUAAAACUUCUUUCUAUCUUUGAAAAAUUGAAUUGA